UACACAAACUUAGCAUUGUAGCACAAAAAGAUCAUGGAUAUCAUACCAAGUUUGAAUACUCUUAGAAGCAUUAGGACCACCAAAAAUGAAAAAACAUUCAAGUGUUUUAGGAAAGGAGAGGACCACGACCAACCACUAAGUCCGAUGGCUCGGUUGUUUCAUGAACCUGGUUCUAAUGUCUAUAUCAUUGGCAUCAUGGGCGUAAAAACAAAAAUUCGCCCGGAUGUUUUCAAAGAAAAUUUAGUUCAUACUUUUUUAAAAAAUCGCCGCUUUUCAAGCUUGCAGGUAAUGGACAAGGAAAACGGGAGCAUGAAAUGGAUUCCAACACAUGUAAACAUAGAUGACCACGUAAUAAUACCAGAACUUAAUCCUAAAAUCGAAUCACCUGAUAAGUUUGUCGAAGAUUACAUCUCCAACCUUAGUAGAUCACAUAUUGAAAACACCAAACCCUUGUGGGAUCUCCAUAUCCUAAAUAUUAAGACAUCAGAAGCUGAAGGCAUGUGUGUCUUCCGUUUCCAUCACUCCCUUGGUGAUGGAAUGUCCUUGAUGAAUCUCUUACUUGCUUGUACACGUAAAGUCUCCGAUCCGGAGGCUCUACCGACCCUUCCAGGGAAUAAUAACAAGUCGGGUGUGGCUAAAGUUGCUAGCAUUUGGUCAAGACUUGGUGUCCUUUGGAACUCUUUUGUUGCUCUUUUGAUGUUUGUGUUGACUGCACUGUUCCUACAAGACACAAAGACACCAAUGAAAGGCUCAAAAGGUGUGGAACAUAGGGCUAGAAGAUUCAUUGUUAGAAGUGUAAGCCUUGAUGAUAUUAAGUUGGUUAAAAGAGCAAUGAAUGUGACGUUGAACGAUGUAGUACUUGGAGUCACACAAGCUGGAUUCUAUCGCUACCUACGUGGGAGAUAUAGUGAAACAGAUGAUAAAAGAGCUGAUAUUCCCGAUAAUAUGCGCUUUCGUGCAACCUUUUUCUUCAACCUUCGAGCCGCUACAAGGAUCAAUGAUUACACUGAUACAGAUGCAUUUGGGACAUGGGGAAACAAGAUAGGCUAUUCAUUACUUCCAUUCGACAUCCGAUUCAAAAAAGAUCCAUUAGAUUACGUUCGAGAUGCGAAUUCCAUAGUAAAACAGAAGAAGGCUUCUUUGGAGCCUUUGUUCACUUACUUCUUUACUAAGUUAUUCAUAAUGUUGUUUGGCAUAAAGGCUGCAGGUAAAUUGAAUCACAAAGUUUUCUACAACACAACACUAUGGUUCUCUAAUGUCCCUGGACCACAAGAAAAAAUCACUUUUUUUGGACAUGAAGUAGCAUACAUUGCUCCCAGUUGUUAUGGCCAACCAAAUGCACUCAUGAUUCAUGUGGUGAGUUACACGGACAAAGUAAUCUUUGUCAUAUCAGCUGAUGAAGAAACCAUACCGGACCCUCACAAGCUUUGCGAUGAUCUUGAAGAAUCCCUACGCGACAUCAAAGCGUCUGCUCACUUGCAAAUGGUUAAAUAAAUAAGUAGUGUUUUAUCUAUGGAUGCAUAUGUAUGUAUUAGUGUGUCAUACAUGAAAUAAACAUUGAUCCAUGAUCAAUAUACUUGUAAUCUUAAGUUAUGUGAGAACACUCGUUAUAGAUAUUAAUAUACUAUAGUCUACAUUUGCUUGUAUUUAUACAAUAUUUAACUACUCUAUGUUUAAAUCUAUUUGAUCAGCAAAUCCCAUGAAA